GUGUCAUUUGUCACCAUAAGUACUUUCCCCAAAACCUCCACUGUAAAAAUAUGGAAAAUAAAAAAUAAAAAAUAAUUUAUUUGAAGAAAAUAAUAAAAAUGAAAUAAAGAAAAAAUGCGGCUCCGUUUGACGUCAGCUUACAGCUACUUGGGGUUUGGGGCAACCAGAUCUUGCAGACAAAAGAAGCUUCCCCUCACACACACUCACUCGGUCUUCUCUCUCUCUAAACCGCCAAAAAAAAAAAAAAAAAACACAGAGAAAAAAAAAGAAAAAAAAAAAAGAGAUAGAUAGGGAGGGAAUGAAUUGUGUUUGGAUGAAUGGAAAGGAGAAGAAAAUAAGAGGAGCGAAGAAAAUUUCAGGAUGAUGAGAGCUCCUCAUUUGAUUUUCUUUUUGAUUUUCUUAUUGGCUACUGCUACUCAGCUCCUUUCUGCAAACAGACUCGCUAUAAUACAGAAUACUACUGCUUCUUCUGAUCCAUCUAAGAGAAGAAUUCUGCACCAGCCGUUAUUCCCGGAGAGCUCGGCGCCACCGCCGGACGCCACCGUAACAUCUCCUCCGCCACCUCCGCCGGCCAAUUCGGCUUUGCCUACUCCCGAACAGCCUUUUUUCCACGAACUCCCCACCGGUCCAACCACCGAUCAGAGUCAACCACCUCCUGCACCUGCUGCCAAUGGCAACUCUCAAAAUCCAACAGCGACGCAGCCAACCAAGCCGACUAAGAAGGUCGCCAUUGCAAUCUCCGUUGGGAUUGUGACGCUCGGUAUGCUCUCCGCUCUCGUUUUCUUUCUGUAUCGGCACCGAGUCAAGCACCGGUCGGAGGCUCAGAAGCUUGUCGGUGGAGAAGGAAGAGGAGGGAAUUCUCAUAGAUUAGCUGAGGAUUCGAGAGCGCCACCGUCAAGCUUCCUCUAUAUCGGAACCGUGGAACCGAGCCGCACAUCGUUCAGUGAAGCAGCAAAUGGAGUGGCACCGAACAGAGAAGCACUGAACAGGUCGCCGUAUCGGAAGCUGAAUUCGAUAAAAAGAUCGGAUCGGUACCGUCCGAGCCCCGAAUUGCAGCCGUUGCCUCCUCUGGCGAAGCCUACGAGCGUGAAUUCUCCGUCGUCGGCUAUGUCGUCGUCCGACGAGGAGAGCCACGAGACCGCAUUUCAUUCCCCUCAGGGCUCCUCCAUUAUUAGCUACGAAGAGAGCUAUUACACGCCAAUUUCGCGUCAAAGCAAUAACAGUAACAGUAACAGUAACAGUCAUGUGGCGGUUAACAAUUGCGCUCCGAUCCCGACGAGAACCGAAAUUGCUCACCCUCCCAAUCCUCAUUCCAAAAGAACUUCCCCUAAAUCGCGGUUUUCGGUUCCACCAACGACGACGACGCAGGCUGCGGCUGCUCCGCCACCACCACCGCUGCCGCCUCCGCCGGUGUCAAAUGGUCCUCCAUCAACAGCACUCGACGAAGAUGAACAACCAGCUCCUCCCUAUGCUCUGAAACGCCCAAAGUUUUCGGCUCCACCGCCACCGCCAAAUAUGGCUCGCCUGCACAAUCAGUCGCCACAGCACAGGUCUGGAAUCGGCGUUCCUCCUCCUCCUCCACCUCCACCUCCACCUCCGCCUCCGCCGCCAAUGCAACCGCAAAAAGUUGGAAUUGUGGAGACGAUUGUACCUGUAAUGCCUUCCCAAAUAUCAAAAAAGUCUCAAUCGUGGACUUCGAUCCCGAAAACAGUAGCUGAAAAUGGAAUGAGAAAACCUGCACAACCUGCAGUGAAUAAAGCUGCUGCAAGCUCUUCUUCUGAGAAUUUUGAGGGAGAUGACUCGGGAGGAUCAAAGCCAAAGUUAAAGCCUCUGCACUGGGACAAAGUCCGGGCAACCUCGGACCGAGCAACGGUGUGGGACCAGCUCAAAUCAAGCUCAUUUCAAUUAAACGAAGACAUGAUGGAGUCUCUGUUUGGCUGCAAUUCAACUACGAAUUCGGCUCCCAAAGAUACCGGCAUUAGAAAAUCAGUUCUCCCUCCUGUUGAGCAAGAAAACAGGGUUUUAGACCCAAAGAAGUCGCAGAACAUAGCUAUUCUGUUAAGAGCACUUAAUGUAACAAGGGACGAGGUCUCUGAAGCUCUUCUGGAUGGUAAUCCAGAAGGCUUGGGUGCUGAGCUUUUGGAAACUCUUGUAAAGAUGGCUCCAACAAAAGAGGAAGAAAUCAAACUUAGAGACUAUCAAGGUGAUAUCUCAAAGUUAGGGUCUGCAGAACGCUUUCUCAAGGCAGUGUUGGAUGUCCCAUUUGCCUUUAAAAGAGUUGAAGCAAUGCUAUACAGGGCUAAUUUCGAUACAGAAGUAAAAUACUUGAGGAAGUCUUUUCAAACUCUGGAGGAAGCAAGUGAAGAAUUGAAGAACAGCCGGUUAUUCCUGAAACUCCUUGAAGCUGUUCUGAGGACAGGAAACAGAAUGAAUGUUGGCACCAAUAGAGGUGAUGCUAAAGCUUUUAAACUUGAUACACUCUUGAAAUUAGUAGACAUAAAGGGAACAGAUGGGAAGACCACAUUACUCCAUUUUGUGGUCCAAGAGAUCAUUAGAUCCGAAGGUGCCGGUGGUGAUUCAACAAAUGAGAAUGGUCAAAUGAAUUCCAAAACAAAAGAAGAUGAUUUUAAGAAGCAGGGAUUGCAGGUUGUGGCUGGGUUGAGCAGAGAUCUUGGUAAUGUCAAAAAAGCAGCAGGAAUGGACUCAGAUGUGCUAAGCAGUUAUGUAUCAAAGCUUGAAAUGGGGCUCGAGAAAGUCAGAUUGGCUUUGCAAUAUGAGAAACCAGAAAUGCAAGGGAAAUUUUUCAACUCAAUGAAACAGUUUCUGAAAGAAGCUGAAGAGGAAAUCAUUAGUAUCAAGGCUGAUGAAAGAAAGGCUUUGUUUCUUGUGAAAGAAGUCACUGAAUAUUUUCAUGGGGACACAGCCAAGGAGGGAGCCCAUCCUUUCAGAAUCUUCAUGAUUGUAAGAGAUUUCCUAGCCACAUUGGAUCUAGUGUGCAAAGAAGUGGGAAGAAUGCAGGAUAGAACAGUGAUGGGUUCAGCUAGGUCGUUUAGGAUAUCAUCAACUGCUUCACUACCAGUUCUCAACAGGUAUAAUGUCCGACAUGAUACUAGUUCAGAUGAUGAUAGCUUGUCGCCGUGAACCUCGUAGAAGGAGAGUAAGUUUAGAUAAAAACUUCCACGGCUACGGACAUGUAUUCAAUUGAAGCAGCAGCAGCAACGAUAUAUCUAUUUCUUUCAUUACAAGCAUUUUCAAAGGAUCAGGAGAUUGGAACUAGGGAAAGUAAUCUCGAGAGUCUCCCAUUGUUAAGAAAAUCUCAUCCCUAGCUAGGAGGUUCCGGUCUUUUGAUCGGAUAAGACUCCUAGGAAGGAGAAACAUUUUGAAUGAGAAUCACAGGUGCACAGAGAACAGAGUCAGGAAUAUUAGACACUAAAUAAUAUACUGGAAGAGCAGGCCCGGGGAAGAAUAUAUUCAGUUUAAAGAAAAGGGCAUUGAUGAACAAGAGCAUUCACACUCCAAGAGACAAAGUGAUUAGCUAAAGUGAAAAAUUGCUAUGCUUUUUUUUUCCCCGAUUCCAAAUAUAUAUUCCAAUGUUACGAUAGGCUUCUUCAUCUAGAUCAGAUUCCCACACAAUUUCAAGAAUCAGAAUGUUUUGACAUUGGUCAUGAUGCUAAGAUGUGCAUUUAUUUGAUUAUUUGUUAUCUCAUAAUAAGUAACUAUUCUUUUUCAGCUUA